AUGUUGGCACUCUCCACCUUGACACGAGCGAGUAUCGCACUCCUGCUCUACGCCAACGUCGUCACAGCAGAUAUUCGCGAUGUACGACUCACGGCCGAAGACGACCUCCCGCCAUGGGCACUCGAGAGCACGCUCCAGAUGAAGUUGACGACGGACUCUACUAACUAUGCCGUCAUUCCGCUGACUGAAGGCUUGGGUCUGGGCAGUAACAGUAUUUCGCGCCAGAUUGUUCAAUUCAAUGGCACCUUCAAAUCAGCCAAGAGUUCCACCUACAUGAACAUCACGGACCCAGACGACGUUGCCUACAUGUCUUGCGACAAGCCCGACGACUCUUCAAAGCCCUUGCCGUUGGCCAUGCUUGAUGUCUUGAUGAAUGCCGCUCCUAGAGCCAUCGUCCUGUACACUACUAGUAAGAACUGGUGUUUUCUCGAUAACACCAGAGAUCUACCUUAUCCGAGCAUCCUCUCCAUGGUCGACCCUGCCGAAGCUACUGCUGUCCUUUCUCAUAUCAACGAGACGGCUUCAGCGCCACCUGUCAGGGUUUCCAUCUAUGGAAACACCACGGACAUGACCAAGCCUGUGCCCCCGGACCACGCGGGUGGGAAGAAGUCGCAGGUCGCAAUGAGCAUUUUAUAUAGCAUAACAGGGCUCAUCACUCUCCUGUUCCUUCUCAUCAUCGUUACGGGAGCCGUAAGAGCUCAUCGUUAUCCAGAGCGAUACGGCCCCAGGCGAGCAGAUGGGGAUCGGCCAUCCCAGAGCCGAGCAAAGGGACUGGCCAAGGCUGUCUUGGAAACCAUACCCAUCGUCAAGUUCGGAGGCAAGCGUCCAUCAAAGCCUGAUCCCGAUCUUGAAAUGGAGACUGCAACCACAGAUGGUCACGAGACACCUGCCAACCGCGCCAUGUCACACACGAGCGAGCUCAAAUCCGGCCAAGCAGUUGAUGGGACCGAGAGCGUACGGCGCCCGUCAGACGUCUGGACCGAUAGCGACGUGUCCUCGGAAGCUGACAUGGGGUGCUCUAUCUGCACUGAAGAUUUCAGAGUUGGUGAGGAUGUUAGGGUCCUCCCCUGCAACCACCAAUUCCACCCGAAUUGUAUUGAUCCCUGGCUGAUUAAUAUCUCUGGGACAUGCCCACUAUGCCGCCUUGAUCUUCGCCCAGGACAUCACGAAUCCCAAGAUGGUCACGAAAUCGAAGGCAGCAUGACGUUGCCACCUCCGUUGGCAUGGGAAGGGGGCGAACACGAUGCCGUUCAGAGCUCGUACCGCAACCGAGUAUCCAGACUGUUUGACGUCAACAGGCUUCGACAGGCAACGGCCGAAGAGCAGAUGGAGGCUCUAAGGCAACUUCGGGAGGACAGAAUCACUCGCGAAAGUACGGCUUCAGAGCUCCAAGAGAGUCAGCCAGCCGAAGAGGAGCAGCGCCACCAAGGGACCCCCUUUGCUGACAAGCUCAGGGAGAAGUUCCGUAUUUUGACGAAGUCCCAGUCGGCACUGGGACGGAGCUCCUGA